AUGACGGAGGCAGAGGCGGUGCAGGCAGCUACGUCUGCAGGUCCUGUGGACCCUGAGAAGGCCGCCAAGAAGGCCGCCAAGGCAGCCGAGAAGCAGGCCAAGAAGCAAAAGGCGCUGGACCGGGCAGCCGCGGAGGCAGCCAAGGCUGCGGAGGGCGCUCCGGCCGGCAGCUCGAGGAGGGCCAAGGCCAAGGAGGAGGCCGAGGCCAAGAAGGCCGUCGAGGCCGCUGAGCUGGCGGCAUGGCUGGAGCAGGCGCGGACGACCCCCAAGGGCUCCAAGAAGGAGCUGCCUGGCAAGAUGCCCAAGGGCUACGACCCCAAGGCCGUGGAGACCGCCUGGUACGACUGGUGGGAGGCGUCUCGCUACUUUGCCGCGUCCAGCGACUCCUGCAAGCCCCCCUUUGCCAUGGUCAUCCCCCCCCCAAACGUCACGGGGUCGCUGCACAUCGGCCACGCGCUGACCCUGGCCAUCCAGGACACGCUGUGCCGCUGGCGGCGCAUGUCCGGCUACGAGGUGUGCUGGGUGCCCGGCACCGACCACGCCGGCAUCGCCACGCAGACGGUGGUGGAGCGCCAGCUGGCGCGGGAGACGGGGCAGACCCGGCACGACCUGGGCCGCGCCGCCUUCCUCGACCGCGUGCACGACUGGGUCGCGCGCCAUGGCGACCGCAUCCUGUACCAGUGCCGGCGACUGGGCGCCAGCCUGGACUGGGACCGCCGCGUGUUCACCAUGGACGCCAAGCUGAGCGCGGCGGUGCAGGAGGCCUUCCUGCGCCUGCACGCCCAGGGCCUGAUCUACCGCGACCACCGCCUGGUCAACUGGGACUGCCGGCUGAAGACCGCGGUCAGCGACAUCGAGGUGGACUACGUGGAUGUCCCCGGGCCGACGAUGCUGGCCGUGCCCGGCUACACCGAGCGCGUGGAGUUUGGCGUGCUCACCUCCUUUGCCUACCCGCUGGAGGGCGGGGAGGGGGAGGUGGUGGUGGCCACCACCCGCCCGGAGACCAUGUUUGGGGACACGGCCAUUGCCGUGCACCCCGAGGACCCGCGGUACCAGGCGCUGGUGGGUCGGCACGUGGUCCACCCGGUGAACGGCCGCCGCCUGCCCAUCGUGGCCGACGCGGAGCUGGUGGACAUGGCCUUUGGCACGGGCGCGGUCAAGAUCACGCCCGCCCACGACCCCAACGACUUUGCCACCGGCAAGCGGCAUGGCCUGGAGUUUGUCAACGUGCUGGACGACGACGGCAGGAUGAACGGCAACGGCACCGGCGAGUUCGCGGGCAUGCCGCGCUUCGCCGCGCGCGUGGCGAUCGUGGACUGGCUGAAGGCGCGCGGCCUGUUCCGCGGCGCGGCGCCCAAUCCCAUGCGCCUGGGCGUCUGCUCCCGCUCCUCCGACGUCAUCGAGCCGGUGCUGAAGCCGCAGUGGUGGGUGGCCUGUGCGGGCAUGGCCGCCGCCGCCUGCGAGGCCGUGCGCACCAAGGCCGUGCGCAUUGUCCCCGCCGAGUUUGAGGCCACCUGGUUCAGGUGGCUGGAGAACGUGCGCGACUGGUGCAUCUCGCGCCAGCUCUGGUGGGGACACCGCAUCCCCGCCUACUACGUCGCCUGGGAGGGCGAUGAGGCGGGCGCGCCGGGCGCGCCCUCCGAGGACACCUCGCGCUGGGUGGUGGCGGCCAGCGAGGCCGAGGCGCUGGAACUGGCCGCGGCGCGCUUCCCGGGGCGUGCGCUGCGCCUGACCCAGGACGAGGAUGUGCUGGACACCUGGUUCUCCUCCGGCCUGUUCCCCAUGUCGGUCUUCGGCUGGCCCGGCGACUCCCCCGACCUGCGCCGGUUUUACCCCGGCGCGCUGCUGGAGACGGGGCACGACAUCCUCUUCUUCUGGGUGGCACGCAUGGUCAUGCUCGGCCAGCAGCUCAUGGGCGAGGUGCCAUUCAAGGACGUGUACCUGCACUCCAUCGUGAGGGACGCCCAGGGGCGCAAGAUGUCCAAGACGCUGGGCAAUGUGAUUGACCCCGUGAAUGUGAUCGAGGGCAUCAGCCUGCAGGACCUGCACGCAUCGCUGGAGGGCGGCAACCUGGAGGCCGCCGAGGUGGCGCGCGCGCGGGAGGGCCAGGUCCAGAACUUCCCCGACGGCAUCGAGGAGUGCGGCACCGAUGCCCUGAGGUUUGCUCUGGUCGCAUACUCCUCCCAGGGCCGUGACGUGAACCUGGACAUCAAACGCGUGGUGGCAUAUCGCCACUGGUGCAACAAGCUGUGGAACGCCAUUCGCUUCGCCAUGCUCAACCUGGGCGAGGACUACGCGCCGCCGGCGGGCCCCAUCUCCCACGCCAGCCUGCCCUUUGCCUGCCGCUGGGUGCUGUCCCGCCUGGACGCCGCCACGGCCGAGGUGGACCGCGCUCUGAGUGCCUACGAGUUCGCCGCCGCCACCACCGCGGUCUACGCCUUCUGGCAGUACGACCUCUGCGACGUCUUCAUCGAGCUGUCCAAGCCCGUGCUGGCAAAGGGCGGCGCUGAGGCAGCAGAGGGCAGCGCUGAGCUGGCAGCCACACGCACCACGCUGUGGACGUGCCUGGAGACGGGCCUGCGCCUGCUGCACCCCUUCAUGCCCUACGUGACGGAGGAGCUGUGGCAUCGCCUGCCGCGCGGCGGCGCGCCCCUCCCCACCCCCUCCGUCAUGCUGGCCGAGUACCCGCGUGCCUCGCCCGACGCUCGCGACGCGCGCGCCGAGGCCGACAUGGCCUACCUGCUGGCGGUGGUCAACCGCUGCCGCUCCCUGCGCGCCGACUACGGCCUGACGCGGGAGCGCCCGGCGCUGCAUGUGGCCUGCGCCGACGGGUCCCGGCGCGCGCUGCUUGCGGCCUCAGCCGUCGAGCUGGCCACGCUCACCGACUCAGCCUCGGCCGCACUGCUGUCGGCGGGGGAGGCCCCGCCCCCGGGCUGCGGCGUGGCGGUGGUGGACGACGCCACCACGCUCUACCUGUCCCUGGCGGGGAUUCUGGACGCGGGCAAGGAGGUGGAGAAGCUGGCCAAGAAGGAAGCGGAGGCGGCCGCCAGGAUCGAGGCGUUGGAGAAGAAGAUGGCGCUGCUGAGCUACAAGGAGCGCACGCCCGCGGAGGUCAAGGAGGCGGACGGCGAGCGCCUGGCCAAAGCGCAGGCGGAGCUGGAGUCCCUGCGUGCCGCCAAGGCUGACAUGCAGGCCCUGGCCUGA